GUGGCCGAGAGCAUGGGUAUGUCGAGCACCUCCCAGGGAAGCUUUGCCAUAAGGGCUCAAAGCACUUAUAACCCUAAAGAUGUGAUGGUUAUUGUUUGCUCGACACUAGCCUUAUAUAAUACCUUCGAACUCCUCGCCCUCAUAUUUAUGACCUUUAAGCGAUACAGGGGCCUCUACUUUUGGAGUAUUUUCCUCGCAUCUUUUGGCGUCAUUCCAUACUGCGUCGGUUGGCUCAUUGUUCAUUUUGAACUUACCCAUGACUGGGUUGGUAUGAUUAUUGAUUCAAUUGGUUGGAUUCUUUUAGUGUCAGGCCAAUCUGUGGUUCUCUAUUCACGACUACACCUAGUUCUCAACGACCCUAAGAUUCUCCGCAACGUCCUGUGGAUGAUCAUCGUGAAUGGUGUCAUUUGGCAUACCUCAAUUACAGUGCUUUUAUUCGGGUCCAGUUAUAGCCCCGCGCAAAAUCGAGCUGGGUUCAACUCUGUCUUUAACAUCCUGGAAAAGGUUCAAAUGACCUGUUUCUGUCUCCAGGAGUUCACUCUCUCCAGUCUCUAUAUCUGGAAGACGUGGGAUAUCCUCAAGACGGCUUUCGGCAGCAAACGACGAUUCAUGUGGCAGCUUUUCGCUAUCAACGUCCUCAUCGUCGUUAUGGACAUCGCACUUCUCGCCAUUGAAUACAAGAGCUUAUACGUCUGGGAGCAAGGAGUCAAAGUCGUCACCUACUCCAUCAAGCUCAAGCUCGAAUUCGCGGUAUUGGGCGAGCUCAUCGAGUUUGUACAGCAUCGAGGCGGUACUGGUUGCACUGGUUCUGGUGGACAAUCGAACCAUAACACAGCUGUGUUUGUGGAGCUCUCUGGUAGUCAGUCGCAAACGGGGGACAGGAAAACGCGCUCUACUACGAUCAGGCCGGAAGCAAUCCACAUGGAAGACAUAAAGCCCAGCACAUCGGUUACCAUCACAACAUCAAAGGCAUCAUCAUAUCCAUCGCGGGAACAGGACGAGAUUAGGGUCGCCACGAGGAUAGAUGUGGAAAGCAGUGUAAUGGGUCACGGGGAUAAUAAUAGCACCGAUCAGCUUUAUGAUAGUGCCAUCCAAGAGAUCUCAAGGUCGUAG